AUGUCAAUAUUGUUACUUAAAGAAAAUGUCGCUUUAUUAUCAGAUACGGAUACGGUUUUCAAUACAACCUCAAAUUCCAGUAUUAGCCCUACAGAAAUUAAUAUAUUGAAUGGUCAUGAAGAAGCUAAUUUUGAUAUCACCGAUCAUUCAAAUUAUGGAUGGUUUGGUAGGUUUCGUAGGUCAACUACUGCUGUUAUGAUUGUAGCGGCAAUGGCUCUUUUCACUGAUAUGAUCGUGUACGGGAUCGUUUUACCUAUCUUACCACUUAUCGUCCAUGAAAGACUUGGACGUGAUUCUAAAUCUAUUGGAUUUCUAUUCGGUUGUUAUGCUAUUGGAUUGUUAACUGCUACUCCCAUUUUUGCUGUGUUUAGUGAUAAAUACCAUACCAGAAAGGUUCCAAUGUUAUUUGGUAUGGCAUGCCUUGCGAUUUGUUCAUUAUUAUUUGGAAUAGCUGAUAAAUAUUGGCAACUGGUUUUCGCUCGAAUCGCACAAGGUGCAGCCGGUGGUGCAUCAUGGACAUUGAGUUUGGCUAUGUUAGCAGAUAGGUUUGGAUCAGGACCAAAACUUGGUGUAGUUAUGGGAACAGUCUUAUCAGCAAAUACGUUAGGAGCAAUAAUUGGACCUUUAGUUGGAGGAGUACUUUUUCAAUAUUGGGGUUAUGGGGCACCAUUUAUAUUUUGUGCAUCGUUGGCAUUUUGUGGUUUCUUGACUAUCUUAAUGAUUGUUGAACCUUUAGAUUUAAAAUCAUCCGGAUUAGAUAUAACGGCAAAUCAACCUGUUGAUGAAAAUUCUAUCAUUGACGAAGAUUUAAAUAAUAUGAAUCAAGAAUUUUCUACAAAAUCUCCUUCUAUUUUAAAUUUCAUUUUAGAUUGGAAUAUAAUUACGAUUUGUUUUUCUAUUAUUGUUGUUGGUAGUGUAUUAGCCGGAAUUGAACCAAUUCUACCAAUUUAUCUUCGAGGAAAAUUUGAUGCAGAUGCGUCACAAAUUGGAUUAAUAUUUAUUGCAAUAGCGAUACCUACAUUUUUAUCACCAGCGGUAGGAUAUGUAUCAUUUUAUUUGGGACAAAGAAAAACGUGCGGUAUCGGUAUAAUAUUAUUAGGUGUCGCGACACCAUUAAUUUCUUUACCAAACAACUUAUGGAUGGUAUGGUUACCAUUAUUAUUUUUUGGUGCUGCUUUUUCUAUAGCAACAACGCCGUCAUUACCAUUACUUGGACAUUAUGUUGCGCAAAAAGGUGGGGGUGCUUAUGGUCAAGUAUAUGCUUUAUGGAACAUGGCAUAUUCCAUUGGAAUGUUUGUUGGACCAGUUAUUAGUGGUUUGUUAGUUGAAUCAUUUGAAUUUCAAAAUACACUUACAAUAUUCGGUAUUACUGCUUUGGCUACUGCGCCUUUUGUUUUUGGAAAAAGAAGCGGUAGAAGGUUUGAGCAGGUUCCUACUGACGAGUUCGUUGAUGUGGCGUAG